AUGGACGCAACCAGAGUCAGCGACUGGGAGGCCUACCUGAAGGGGGCAGCGCCAUGUCGGUUUCCAAACUUUGGUCGUCCGGCCAGGGACGCCGCCGCGGGGGCGGCCAGGCAGCUCUCCUCGGUCCGGGUCGAGGUCGAGCAAGCGGCAAAGCUGUUUGCUCUGUCAUCAUCGGAUCCCGACCGGUUUGCUGCGGUCCUCCGGACGGCCUGGGCUCUCUUCCUACGAUGCUACACCGGCCAGGAUGACGUCAACUUUGGCUUCCAACUCGGUGGCCAUGACACUCACGAUCCCAUCGUCGCUCGUUUCCUCCUCGACGGCGGAGAACCCAUUGCCCGAACCGUCGACCGCACCAGAGCGCAGCUUUCCGGCCAGCUGCCCCCGGUCCCCUCCCGGUUUUUGCGGAGCAGCGACCCGGAUCGAUCAAUCUUUGACACCGCUGUUGUUUUGUGGAGCUUCACCGCAGGAUCGACGCCCUGCCCUGUUUUGGAGCCGCAACACAAGAUCCGGCUACUAGCCAAGCGCGGCGCCGCCGGCCUGGGCCUGUUUCUGGAAUGGAACAGCAGCCUACUGGGCAUGUCGCCGGCGCUCGGCGCGCUGGUGGCCAGCACGUUGGACCACAUCCUAUCGGGCAUCCUCACGAGCGCCCCCGAGGCGCCCCUGAGCUCCCUUGAGUACUUGAGUCGGGCAAACCUGGACCGCGUUCGCGAGUGGAACGAGACCUAUGAAAUUGACCCCGUCGAGCGCUGCAUUCACGAUGUGAUUGCGGACCGGGUACGGGAGCGUCCCGACGAGGAGGCCGUUUGUGCCUGGGACGGCUCGUUCACGUUUCGCGACCUAGAUGCCGUGGUUGGCAUCAUGGCCGCCCACCUCGGGACCAUUAUUGAACACCGAGCCUAUUGCUCCGGUGCGCGGCGGCAUGCGCCAGCCCUCCGCUUUGACGACACCUGCCGUGUGUUGCAGUUUGCGGCUCACACUUUCGACGCAAGCAUUGUCGAGAUUGUGACAACCCUCAUGGUGGGAGGGUGCGUCUGCAUUCCCGACGAGCAUGAGCGCCUCAACGAUCUCGCUGGCGCUAUGAACCGAAUGAGGGUCAACUUCGCCGUGCUCACCCCAUCCUUUGUCAACUUCCUCACUCCGGCUGCUGUCCCUGGCCUCCGCAGGCUGGUGCUGGCGGGCGAGGCUAUGUCGCGCUCUCAUGUCGCCACUUGGUCGCGUCUCGAACUCGUCAACGGCUAUGGCCCAGCCGAGUGCUCUGUCGCCGCGCUGGCGAACUCCAGUGUUGGACCGGAAACCGAGCCCACCGACAUCGGCUUUCCCUGCGGCGUGCGAGUAUGGCUAGUCGACCCUGCUGAUCAUGAUCGGCUGGUUCCCGUCGGUUGUGUGGGCGAGAUGCUGCUGGAGGGGCCUAGUCUGGCCAGGGGAUAUCUGAAUGACCCUGCCAAGACGGAAGAGAGCUUCGUCCUGAACCCGAGGUGGGCGAGCUCUGAGGCCAAUUCGCCCCGCCGUUUUUACAAGACGGGUGAUUUGGCGCGCUACAACUCAGAGUCCGGAUCAUUCACCUACAUCGGACGUAAGGACACCCAGAUCAAGCUCCAUGGCCAACGCAUCGAGCUGGGCGAAAUUGAACACAACUUAGCUGUUGACGAGAGUGUCCAACACGCUCUCGUGCUUCUUCCGAAGAAGGGCCCAUUAGCGAAUCGUCUCGUCACUGUGCUCUCGCUCUCGACUCCAUGGAUUCCUGCCUCCGAGGACAGAAAACCGGGAGAGGGAUUCCUGAACCUGGCCGGAAAUCCGUCAUUGACUGAGCCCAUCUUAGAGAGCAUCCGUUCACGGAUAAGUGAGCGUUUGCCAGCGUACAUGGUGCCCUCGGUCUGGCUGUGCGUUGAGGCCAUUCCCAUGCUACCUUCUCGCAAGAUGGACCGGAAAACGGUUGCUACUUGGGUCGAAACCGUCCUCACUGCGGAGCAGUGUCAGGGCAUCAUCAGGGAGCAGCAUGCGGCCAAGAACAAUGCAGCCUCCGUAAAUGGCAACGUCGGCAACGCCAGCAACGCGCACACACUCUCCGAGGCUGAGAAUCGGCUUCGUGACAUCUGGAGUCUGGUUUUGAAUUUCCCCGCCGACCAAAUCGAUCCCGAUGAUCGCAGCUUUCUCAGUCUCGGGGGAGACUCCAUCUCGGCUAUGGCCUGCGCCAGUCACGCGAAGAAAGCGCACCUCAACGUGUCCGUCCAGGACGUUCUCAGGGCCAAAUCCUUGAGACAGCUGGCUGCCGCCGCCAAGCCGAUGAGUCAAGGACCCGGUGGGCGAGCUGAAAACGGGGACGGCGGCAACGCCGGUGUGCUCAACGUUCCUUUCGAGCUGACACCCAUCCAGCAGCUGCACUUUGAAGUUCGGGGCGGAGCGCACGGCGAUGAGCACUUCAACCAGAGCUUCCUCCUGCGCCUCGCUCGCCGAGUAGAAACAUCCGCGGUCCGACACGCCAUUCAGGUCGUCGUGAACCGCCACGCCAUGCUCAGGGCUCGCUUCGCCCGGAGGGACGACGGACGGUGGAAGCAGUUCAUCACAUCGGACGUAGAGGGCUCCUAUCGUCUCCGGACUCGCAGGAUAUCAACCCGUGAUGAAGCCGACGCUGGCAUUGCAAGCGCACAAGGCUGCCUGGACGCUCGCCGCGGGCCAUUGUUUGCGGCGGAGCUCUUCACCUUCCAAUACAGUGGCGAGCAGAUGCUAUUCAUGACGGUGCAUCAUCUUGUCGUCGACCUUGUCUCGUGGCGGGUGCUUUUGGAAGAGAUCGAAGAACUCGUGGAAAACCCCUCAGCCCGCGCUGUCCACGAAUCUCUGUCGUUCCGACAAUGGGCGGCUCUGCAGAUUGAGGACUGCGCCGACAAGCCUCUCAGCCAGGUUCUCCCGUCCGCUGACCAAGUCCCAGAUGCCCAGUUCACCUACUGGGGCAUGCACAAUCAGCCCAAUCUGUAUGGUGACGUGGAAUGCCAGGGUUUCGACUUGGACGCGGCCACUUCAGCUACCCUGCUUAACGAGUGCCACUUCCCCUUCGGCACAGAGACCGUCGACCUACUCCUCGCCGCGCUGAUCUGGUCCUUCCAGGCCACCUUCGCCGACCGUGCGCCCCCGGCCAUCUUCAACGAGGGUCACGGUCGCGAGCCACCCCGCGAGGACAUUGACAUUGCUCGCACCGUCGGCUGGUUUACCACCCUCUUCCCUAUCGCCCUCUCGUCCCCGGCCAGCUUUGCCGAUGCCCUGAUCCAGGUCAAGGACAUCCGUCGCCGGGUUCCGGCCAAUGGGCGAGCAUACUUUGCCGCCAGAUUCCACACCCCUGAAGGCCGAGAGAAGUGGGCGCCGCGACACAAGAACAUGGAGGUCUCGUUCAACUUUCACGGUCGCUACCAGCAGCUCGAACGCAAGGACGCCCUGUUCCAGCCGGCCGAAGGCGCACUUAUGGCUGGCGAGGCGCACCCCGGCAGCCCGACGGCAGAUUUUGGCACGAGGGCGCCGCGGUUUGCGCUCUUUGAGAUCUCCGCUGUCAUCGUACACGGGGCGCUACGGUUCGGUUUCGCAUGGAACGGCGGCAUGAGACACCAGGACCGCAUCCGCAAGUGGGUAGCCAACUGCCGUGGGGUUCUGACCGAGGCUGCAAGAACCUUGCCAAAGCUGGGGCGCACCAUCACAGCCAGCGAUCUCGUGUUGCUACCAAAGGUCACCCUCGCAGAUCUCAGGACGUUUGAGCAGACAAAGCUCCCUGGUCUUGCGGGAGAACGGGGCUGGGACGCGAUCGAGAACAUCUACCCUGCCUCACCAAUCCAGCAGGGGUUGUUGCUGAGUCGAACCAAGGACGGAAACUUUUACGCCGUGCGCCGCACGUUCCAACUCAGGCUCAGUGGCAGCGAUGAUGGUUCUGUGAAUGCUCAACGGGUCGUGGGCGCUUGGAAGCAAGUCGUGCGCCAUCACGCGCUGCUCCGCACCGUUUUCGUGGACGCAAUCAGCCAGGCAGAGGCUGGCAGUUACGAUCAAGUGGUUCUGAAGGAAAUUGAGCCCCCGAUGAUCGUGCGCGAGUGCAUCAGCGAAGCCGAAGUGCGCAUCCUGGUCGACAGCUUGGAGCCCAUGCAAUACACGGACCAGUCGCCGCAGCACCGUUUCUCCAUCUUCUACAGCAGCAGUGCCGUAGCUUGCGUUAUGGAGCUGAGCCAUGCCAUCAUGGAUGGUGCUUCUAUGGACAUUCUUCUGCGCGACCUUGGACGAGCGUACGAGGGCUCCUUGGAGCGGCUGCCAAAGCCUCUCUUCAGCCCCUUUGUGGCCAAGCUGCAGCGGCGCAGCCUCGAGGUGGAUGUCGCAUUCUGGAAGGAUUACCUCUCUGGCGUCGAGCCGUGUCACUUCCCUGUUCUUAACGACGGCAUCGAUGUGCCAGAGGAGAAGAGGGAGUUGUGCACGCUUCGUGUUGAGGUUCCCGGGUUGGCUGCGUUGCAUGGCUUCUGCACCAGGACGGGGUUCACCCUGCCCAAUGCCCUCCAUGCCGCCUGGGCCUUGACGCUUGCGUGUUACACUGGCAGCGACGAUGUCUGCUUCGGCUACCUCGUUUCUGGCCGCGAUGCUGCUCUUGAGUGCUCCCAGGAUGCUGUUGGCCCCUUCAUCAACAUGGCUACCCAGCGGGUCAAACUCGGUGGUGUAGGAGACGAUCAGCCCUCUCUGAUGCGUCUUCUUGAGGCUGUGCAAAGAGACCAGCUCGAUUGUAACCCCUACGCUCAAACCUCGCUGGCCGAAGUUCAGCACGCUCUUAACAUGCCGGGCGGUAUGGCUCUGUUCAACACCUGCAUCUCAUACCGCCGCCUGGAACCGAAGCCGAAUGCAUCAAAAGGCUCACUAGUGUGCGAGGACAUAGCGGCGAUCCACGACCCGACAGAGUACCCCAUCUCGCUCAACAUCGAGAUAGACAACGAUGGAAAGGCUGCAAUCGACCUCGACUACUGGACCGACGCCGUGUCCAGCGCUCAAGCCCGGCACGUCACGGCAACCUUCAUCCAGGCCCUGCAAAAUAUCGCCGAGAACGCCGAGGUUCCAAUCUCCCAGCUGGACAACGUCCAUGAUUCAACCAAAAAGGACAUCUGGUCAUGGAAUGCCAAGAUGCCAGCCACUACCUUUGACUGCAUGCACCGUAUGGUGGAGAAGCAGGUGGCCCUCCGUCCAAAAGCCCAGGCCAUACGUGGUUGGGACGGGGAUUUCACGUACGAGGAGAUGAACAACUUGGCCAAUCGACUAGCCCGGCACCUCGUCAAAUUGGGGGUUUGUCCUGAGGCCCUCGUUCCCGUAUGUUUUGACAAGUCUGCCUGGACUACCAUCUCAAUGCUUGCGGUGCUCAAGGCAGGCGGCGGUGUGGUGCCUCUCGAUGCCACUCACCCCGCCUCCGCCCUCGAGGGGAAGGUAAUCGAUGCGGGCGCUCGAGUUGUCGUUGCAUCCGAGGCCCGCGCCAUGUUGUUUGAGGCUAUGGUACCGCACGUAGUGGCCACUGGGCCCGGACUGCUAGCCCAACUCCCUUCGGUGUCGGGCACCGAAGAGAUACCGUCCGGGGUCACGCCCGAGAACCCCGCCUUCGUCAUGUUCACCUCGGGUAGCACUGGCAAGCCCAAGGGAGUCGUUCUCUGUCACCAGGCCCUCGUGUCAAGUUGUCUUGCACAUGGCUCGGCCCUGGGCAUUGGGCCGCACACCCGUUUCCUCCAAUUCGCGACACACACAUUCGACAACAGCAUCGAGGAGAUGUUCACAACAUUGAUCCACGGCGGCUGUGUAUGCGUACCCUCCGAAGAGGACAGGCUAGGGAACCUGCCGGGGGCAAUCGACAAGCUCGACGCUAACUUUAUGGAUCUGACGCCAACCGUCGCGGCGAUGCUGCGGCCGGAGCAGGUGCCAAAGAUUCGUGGCCUCUGUGUCGGCGGCGAGGCCCUGACGCGCGAGGUGUUGGACGCAUGGGGAGGCGUCGUGCCCGUGCACAACCAAUACGGCCCGAGCGAAUGCUCCAUCAACGCGACGCACAAGCUGCACCUCGACCAAAAUGGUGACGUUAGUAACAUUGGUACCAGCGUCGGGAGUGUAUCGUGGGUCGUGGACCCCAAAGACCAUGACCGGCUUGUGCCUGUCGGGUGCGUGGGCGAGCUGCUCAUCGAGGGUCCUAUUCUUGCUCGAGGGUAUCUCAACAGACCCGUCGAGACGGCCAAGGCGUUCAUUCAGAUGCCGAAGUGGGCGAAAGAGGAUCCAUACCACACUGAGAAGGGGCUGCGGAGGAUGUACAAGACUGGCGACCUCGUGCGAUACAACUCUGAUGGAUCGCUGGUUUAUCUUGGCCGCAAAGACACUCAGGUCAAGUUGCACGGACAACGGAUAGAGCUGGGAGAGAUUGAGCAUCAUGUCAAGACCAUUCUGCCGGCCACAGCGCAGUCCUCUGUCGAGCUGGUGACUCCGGGGCGAACCAAGAAGGCACUGGCAGUCUUCGUCUGCCUCUCACCGGAUCGAACGGAGGAGGCCCGCAUUCUCCCUAUGGACCCGGAGUUCUGCUCCUUUGCCCAAACCAUGGCUGCCGCCCUGAUGGCACGUGUGGCGUCCUAUAUGGUUCCAAGCCUGUUCCUCCCCGUCUCCAGGAUGCCGCUCACCUCAUCGGGCAAGCUAGACCGCCGCUGCUUGCGAACCAUGGCUCAAGAGCUAUCAGGCAGCAUCGCUGACUAUCGUCUCGGGGCUGCGACUGGUGGCGGUCGUGCACCGGAAACGCCAAUGGAGAAGCAGUUGCAAGAGCUCUGGGCAUCCGUUCUCAACCUGCCGGCGGAGUCCAUCACAGCAGACGACAAUUUCUUCACCCAGGGCGGCGACUCGGUGGGAGCUAUGCGCCUGGCUGCUGCAGCACGACAGAGAGGCAUUGUCCUAGCCGCAGCUAGCAUCUUUCAGUCGCCAAAGCUUUCCGACAUGGCAAAGACAGCCACGGGAAGAGGUAUGGAUGCUGUGACCACGAAUGGGGGCGGCUCCGCAGACAGUCCCGUCGCCGACGAGCCUCUCCCGGGUCCGACUCCUCCAUUCUCCCUACUCAAGGACAUGGCUUCGAUGAGCCUGCAAGAACUACAGCACUCAGUGGCAUCCAUCUGCUGCAUCGAUGUUGAUUCAAUCGAAGACAUCUUACCCUGCACCCCUUUGCAGGCGGGCCUUGUAGCCGCGUCUCAAAGACAGCCUGGCGCGUAUGUGGCCGUCAACUUCUACCGGCUGCCUGUUGGCGUCGACCUGGCAAGGUUCAAGAAGGCAUGGCAGGACGUUGUAGACUCGGAGGCAAUUCUCCGGACCCGCGUAGUCUUUGUCGAGAACAUCGGGUUUUUGCAAGUCGUUGUUCGCGGUGAUAUCAGUUGGGACACAGCGGCAAGUGCCAACAGCCUUCCCGAGACGCACCGUCAUCUCCCACCGCACGAUGGUGGCAUCCUUUCUCGAUACACCAUCAUCGAUGAGAACAGCGUGCAGCCGACGUUCGUUUGGACCUCGCACCACGCUGUCUAUGACGGAUGGAGUCUUCCAACACUGCUGGGCCGGGUCGAGGCGAGGUACCAGCACCCAAAGGCGCCUGUCAUCCCAACACCAAGCUACUCCCGCUUCGUGGAACACGUGUCGUCACUUGACGCCUCCGCCUCGGACGCCUUCUGGACCGAAAAGCUCUCCGCACCCGGCGCCGCUCACUUCCCGCAGCUCCCGCAUCCCGGACACCGCGUGCAGGCGACGAGCCAGGUGACUCGGUCCGUACGCUUCGCCAAGCGCAAGGGCAGCAACUUGAGCAUGUCCUCCCUCUUGCGCGCGGCAUGGGCGCUGGUCGUGUCGAUUUACGCGUCCUCGGACGACGUCGUCUUCGGCGAGAUCCUCAACGGGCGCGACAUUCCCGUCGCGGGCAUCGCGGACAUGAUCGGCCCGACGCUGGCGUCGGUCCCGCGGCGCGUCCACAUCGACCGAGCCAUGAGCGUGCAGCAGCUGCUCGUUGACGUGCAGAAGCAGCUGAACGAUGCCGUCCCGCACCAGUUUGCCGGCUUGCAGCGCAUCCGAGCCCUGGGCCCCGCCGUGGCGGCGGCAUGCGACUUCAAGAACCUCCUCGUCAUCGACAUGGCCGACGAAGUCCCCGAAAGCGGUCUGUGGAGCGAAAUGACUGGCGGAGGGACGGCUCAGGGGUCUGACUUCUUCAGCCUUCCGCUCAACGUGACGUGCACGUUCGGUCGGGGCGGCAAUGGUGUCGAGGAGAUCCAGAUGCGUGCCAUCUUCGAUGCCGAUGUGGUGCCGCAGUGGCAAGUCAUACGGAUGCUCGGGCAGUUUGACUGGAUUCUGCCGCGUCUGUCUGCGCCCCAGGCUCAGAGCGUCAAAGUCGGGGACAUGGAGCUGCUCAGCCCGGAGGAUAAAGCAACGCUCAGGGGCUGGAACAAGAUCCCCGGGCCGCUGGUCGAGAGGCUCAUCCACGACUUGAUUGGCGAUCAGAUGGCUCGUCGGGGCGCUUCUGAACCGGCGGUGGUCGGGUGGGACGCGACCCUGUCCACCGGCGAGCUGGACGCGCUUUCGACCGCGCUAGCAGGCGAGCUCAUGUCAAAGGGCGUCGGCGCUAACGGCAGCAGGUUCGUUCCGUUCUGCUUUGAAAAGUCAACCUUUGCCGUCGUCGCUAUCCUCGCUGUACUUAAGGCCGGUGCUGCGUUUGUGCCGCUGGAUCCUGCGCAUCCUGUUGCUCGGUUACGCGAGAUUGUCGGCGAUUGCGAUGCAAAAGUAGUGUUGUGCUCGCCAAAGUAUCAGUCUCUGUGCGCCGAGGUCGUCAGAACUGUUGUGCCAGUUGACCUCGCAAAUCUGAAAGCGCUGGAGCGGGCGUCUCGGCCAGUCCCUAAGACAGGAGUCUCUCAUACGGCGUUCUGCUCCGGCGCUGCGGCCCACGGCCCAGCAAUGCUCAUGACGCCGCCGUUCCGCUUCCUGCAGUUCGCUUCUUACACCUUCGAUGCCUCCCUCGUCGAAAUCCUGACGACGCUCAUGCUUGGCGGUACCGUCUGUGUCCCCCGCGAUGAAGACCGCACAAACGGCAACAUCGCGGCCGUCAUGGAGCAGAUGGGAGUCACCAUGACGCUCCUUACGCCCUCCUUCGCCCGCGUCCUCGAGCCCGCCAGCGUGCCACACCUGAAGACCUUGAUCCUCGGCGGCGAGGCCAUGUCCAAGAGCCACCUUGAGACAUGGGCCGACAAGGUGAACCUCGUCAACGCAUACGGUCCCAGCGAGUGCGCCGUCGUGGCGACUGUGAACCCCCGGAUGCGGCCAUGGUCCAAUCCAGCGAACCUUGGGAGGGGACUCGGCCGCUGCUGGAUUGUUGAUCCGCAGAACCACGACCGUCUUGCACCAGUUGGUUCUGUCGGUGAGCUGCUGGUUGAAGGGCCCACUCUCUCGGACGGAUACCUCAAGAAUGAAGCCAAGACUCGCGAGGUCUUUAUCGAGAAUCCCAAGUGGGCGCUGGAUGAUGCCACGCGCUAUUCCGACAUGCAGCCGGCAGCCCCGCGUCGGAUGUACAAGACCGGUGACCUAGUACGGAUAUGCGACGAUGUCUUGGGCGAGAUGGCAUAUAUGGGCCGCAAAGAUAACUCUCAGGCCAAGCUCAACGGCCAACGGCUCGAGCUCGAUGAGAUCAUCCACCACCUCGUUUCCGAUAACGCCGUUCGCCACGCUCUUGUUCUUCUACCAAAGACCGGCCCUUGUGCCAACCGUCUGGUCGCGGUGUUAUCCCUUCGAGAAUUCGCCGGCAGCAGCUCCGGCAAUCUGGAUCUGGUCACUUCGAAGGAAGCCGCUUCGGUAGUGGACAAGGUCCAGGACAGGCUAAGAGAGAAGCUGCCGGCGUACAUGGUCCCCUCAACUUGGAUGGUGGUUGAAUCCAUCCCUCUCCUGCCAUCCGGAAAACUUGACCGCAACAGCGUGGCUAGAUUUGUGGAAGGAAUCAGCGAAGAAACGCUAGACAAGAUCAAUGCUGCCCAUUCUGCCGGACAAGCCCAGAUGACCAAAGCUACACCCUCGUAUACCGCCGUCCCCAUUGACGAGCGUCUCAAGUCGAUCUGGAGUCAGGUACUUAAUGUCGCUCCAGAAAGGGUUGGUCAGAAUGUCUCUUUCCUGCAUCUUGGGGGCGACAGCAUUACCGCCAUGCAAGUCAUGGCCAAGUGUCGGGCCCAGGGCAUCCGCGUCGCUGUCCCGGACAUCAUCAGCAGCAAGUCCGUCCAUGAGCUCGCCCUCAAGGCCGGCCUUGCCGAUACGCAACAGUCGAACGCAAGAAAAACUACAGCCACCGGCGAGGAUCAUUACGAAUUUGACCCGUCGCCCAUCCAGCAGCUGUAUUUUGAGGCGAUGUACCCGGCACAUCAUGGGAAAUCUCACGACCAACCCGACAUGCGGUUCAACCAGAGCGUGCUACUUCGACUAGCCAAGAAUACCAGCCCCCACGAGCUCGGGCGCGGUCUGCACGCCUUGGUUGAGACACACUCGAUGCUCCGAUCACGGUUCCGUCGCGACGGCGCAGGCAACUGGCGCCAGCGAAUCACUUCUGAUGUCGCUGGUUCUUACCGUUUCAAGACGCACGUCAUCGGAAACGCAAGUCGCAUAGACAGGCGCAUCCAGAACUCUCAAGCUGCGCUGGACUUUAAAAAGGGGCCGCUGUUGGCAGCCGACUGGUGUGUUAUUGGGAAGGACAGCAAAGAGGUCUACGUCUUCAUCACAAUUCAUCACCUGGUCGUCGACGUCGUGUCAUGGGGUAUCUUGCUCCAAGACCUCGAGGACUUCCUUGCCACUGGGACCAUGAAGCCUUCUACGUCGUUAUCCUUCCAAACCUGGACCAGGAAGCAGUCGGAGCUAGCACAGAUGGAGAAGAAUGGCAGCUCCCUCCUUCCCCAUCACGAGGCGUCAACCAUCGACUUGGAAUAUUGGGGAAUGGCCGGCUUUCCGAACGUCCAUGACGACGCCAUUCCCACAGGAGACAUUGAGCUCGACUACGAUACGACUGCCUCGCUAUUGGGUCCUGAGUGCCACGCUCCUUUGCAGACGGACGUUCUUGACGUCCUCCUCGCAGCUCUCCUUCAAUCAUUCCGGAAUGCCACUGGUGGUCGCCGAGGAGUGCCCACAAUCUACAACGAAGGUCACGGUCGAGAAGCCUGGGACGACAUGAUCGAUCUCUCCCGCACGGUCGGGUGGUUCACCACCCUCUACCCAGUCCAUCUCCCAGACGAGGCAUCUUCCGACGAUGACAUCCUCGCCGCCAUCCGGUGGGUUAAGGACUACAGGCAACGCCUGGCUGGGAAAGGACGGCCUUACUUCGCCUAUCGUCUGCUUACGUCCGAAGGCCGCGAGGAGUACGACCUUGGCUGGCCAGUCGAGGUUGUUUUCAAUUACCUAGGACAGAUGCAACAAUUGAGCCGGACCGACACCUUCCUCCAGCCUCUUGACGACGGCAUCGGACAGGGCGUGAACACCUCAUCGGACAUUGGCAAGGACGUACGUCGCCUUGCGCUAGUCGAGGUAUCGGCUGUGGUCGUUGGCGGACGGAUGAAGCUUUCUUUCGUGCACAACAAGCACAUGAAGCACCAGGAGUCGCUCAGGAAAUGGGUAGAAGAGUGCCGAUCUCUCCUCCAGGACGCCCCGGCGAGGUUGAUGCAACACACGCCGGAGAAGACCCUCAGCGCGUUUCCUCUCCUGCCCCUCGCCUACUACGGCAUCGAGAACCUCGAUCAGAGACUUCGAGAUGCCGGAGUCUGCCUCUCUGACGUCGAGGAUGUCUAUCCUUGCUCUCCCAUGCAGCGAGGCUUACUGAUCAGUCAAAUGCGUGACCCCGAAAAGUAUGGGUACAAGGCCAUCUUCCAAGUCGAACCCUCGAAUGGCGCGAGCAUCGACCUUGAGCAGCUGCUUGAUGCCUGGCAAUCCGUUAUCCGGCGACACUCGACUUUGAGGACCAUCUUUGUUGACACAGUGGGUGACGAGAGUUUGAUGGACCAGGUCGUCCUUCGCAGUGCGCCGGGAAGAACUCAGCUACUCGAGAGCAGCACAGACGAAGAGGCUCUUCACAAGCUCCGAACCGUUAAGAGCAUGGAUUAUCGAGAAAAGAAACCACCCCAUUACCUGACCGUUUGCCGAAGCCAGACGGGGCAUAUCUUCUGCAGACUGGAGAUUAGCCACGCCAUCUCUGACGGUUCGUCAAUGCCAAUCCUCCUUAACGACUUGAUGGACGCGUACGGGAAGAGUGCAGUCAGCAAACCAGUGCCGCCCUAUCGCGAGUACAUUGCCCAUAUUCAGUCUCAGCCACGAAGCCAGAGCGUUCGGUACUGGAAGAACUACCUGGGCGGGGCUGAGCCUUGUAUCUUCCCCUCGCUUGCCGAUGGCGCCUCUUCGGAGCGACCGUCGCUUGGUGAGCAUGUUAUCACCUUCGACGGCAUGUCCCAGUUGAACGAGUACUGCGGCAGCUCUGGCAUCACCGUAUCCAUGCUGUUGCAGUUCGUAUGGGCCCUCGUGCUGCGCGCGUACACUGGCGCAGACGAGGUCAUCUUCGGCUACCUGGCAUCGGGCCGAGACAUUCCUGUUGCAAACAUCGAGAACGCCGUGGGCGCCUUCAUCAACAUGCUUGUCUGCCGCCUUCACGUCUCCCCUGAGACCGAGGUUGCGGAGGCGCUCGACACCAUGCGGACAGACCUCACCGAUGCCCUUGCUCACCAGAGCUGCUCCCUGGCUGAGAUGCAGCAUGAGCUCGGGCUCCCAGGCGCGGUGUUGUUCAAUACCGGCUUCACGUACCAGAAACGCAUCGAGGCCGGUCACGUCGGCGAACGGCACUCCCCUCAACCCACCCUGCGUUACCGCGUUCUUAAUGCCGAGGACCCAAGCGAGUUUGCUGUUGCUGUCAAUGUCGAGGCGACAGAAAAGGCAGUCGAAGUUCACUUCAGCUACUGGAGGAACGUCGUGUCGGAUGCUCAGAUCAAGAACGUCGCUGCCACUUUUGAGCAGGCCUUGAAGGACCUGGUCGGCAAUGGUGCGGACGAUCGCACCGUGGGAGAACUAGAUCUCGUUGGCCGCGCAGGAGUUGACAAGAUACGCUCCUGGAACGACUACGAGCUCCCCCGUGUCGAGCGUUGCGUGCACGAAAUUAUCGAACAGCACGCUUUCAACCGUCCGGCCUCAACCCUUGCCGUAUGCGGAUGGGAUGCAUCAUUUACCUAUCGCGAACUGGAUCGAGCCGCAACCGCCCUGGCACGGUACCUGGUGUCCGAGGGCGGAGUUGGGCCAGAAGUGUUUGUUCCGCUCUGUUUCGAGAAGUCGGCCUGGACUGUGAUCGCACAACUCGCGGUCCUGAAAGCAGGUGGUGCCUUCGUCAACCUGGACCACAGCCAUCCGGAGAGCCGCCUUCGGCAGCUCAUCCAGGAUGUCAAUGCCGAGAUCGUGCUCUGCUCCCCAGAACACAACGCAAAGAUGAACAAUGUCGCGGGCAAGGUCUUCGUGGUCGACGCCAGGUCCAUCUCACUCCUCGAAAGGGCAGCAAACUCGGGGGUUACCCCAUUCAGGUCCACGGUCAAACCUUCCAAUCCGGCCUACGUCAUCUUCACCUCCGGAACGACAGGGAAGCCCAAGGGCACCGUCAUUGAGCACGCCGCCUUCUGUACCGGAGCUCUUGCUCAUGCCAAAGCCAUGUUCAUGCAUUCGGACUCUCGCGUCUUGCAAUUCGCCUCUUACACCUUCGACGCAAGUAUCAUGGAGACCCUCUCGUGCCUCCUCGUUGGUGGUUGCGUCUGUGUGCCCUCCGACGAGGCCAGGUUGAACGAUCUGGCCGCAGUGAUUCGCAACAUGGAUGUUACCUGGACCCUUCUUACACCGUCUGUGGCCAGCACUGUCAAGCCUGAGAGCGUUCCAUGCCUCAAGACCCUCGUCACAGGCGGAGAGGCUAUGGCCGCGGGUCACAUCGAGAGGUGGGGUACGCGGUGCGCCCUGGUCAAUGCCUAUGGGCCAACAGAGUGCUCCGUGGUGGCGACUACAAGCACAAAGGUGGAUGAGUCUCGCCGUGUACACAACGCCGACCGGUCUAACAUCGGCACUGCCGUUGGCGGCCGCGUCUGGGUCGUCGAUCCAGAGAACUACAAUCGCCUCGUACCAAUCGGCGCCGUCGGAGAGCUGGUGGUUGAGGGCCGCCUCGUAGCUCGCGGUUAUCUCAACAACAAGGAGCAGACCGAGAAGUCCUUCAUCCAAUCGCCGGAGUGGAAGAACCUUCCCGGAUUCCCCCGGUCAAUGUGGCGUGAUGGAAACAGAAUGUACAGGACAGGCGAUCUCGUGCGUUACAACUCGGACGGGUCCAUCUCGUAUAUCUCGCGCAAGGACACACAGAUCAAGUUGAACGGCAGACGCAUCGAGCUGGGCGAGAUCGAAUUCCACUGCCGAAGUGGCCUACCAGACGAUGCGCAAUCUGCCGUCGAGGUUUUGUCGCCAUCCACCGGUCGCUCUACAACCAAGGCACUUGCGCUCUUCUUCAGCUUGCCAAGUACAGAAGCCUCCGCACCGAGCUUCUCAUUAUUACCAAUGAACGAGUCGACCCGCAAACUCGCGCUGGCUGUCGAGACACAUGUUUCCGCACACUUGCCAUCUUAUAUGGUACCGCAGCUCUUCAUCCCUGUCUCGGCCAUGCCCUGGACGUCAGCGGGCAAGCUCGACCGACGACAACUCCGCCGAGCAGUUGAGGAGGCGAGCCGUGACGUUGUGUCAGGAUACAGGCUCUGCGCUGCCCCCGCCGACACCAAGCACAGAGAACCAGGCAACGAGACGGAGAAGAAGCUCCAGAGUCUGUGGGAGUCAGUGCUAGGACUCCCAACCGGCUCUGUUGGUCCCGAAGACAGCUUCUUCCGUCUAGGCGGUGAUUCACUUACGGCGAUGCGUCUUGUUGGAGCCGCCCGUGCCCACAAGAUGAACCUGACUAUCCUGGACAUCUUUGAGAAGCCCGUCCUCGCCGACAUGGCUCGGGCCUGUGACGGUCUGGGGGCGGUGGCUGCGCCCGAGCUGGAACUCAAGCCUUUCGAUCUGAUAGCCCGCUCCAAGCUCAACGAUCUUCUGGAGGAAGUUUCCGCUCUGUGCGGGAUCCCUCGCAGCAACAUUCAGGACAUGUACCCCUGCAGCCCGCUUCAGGAAGGUCUCGUCACACUCGCCAGCAAGCAGGCGGGCGCUUACGUUGCGGUGAACACGCUUGCCCUUCCAGACAAUAUCGAUUUGCAUCGCUUCAAGGCGUCCUGGCAGGUCGUUGUUGACGAGACUGAUAUUCUGCGCACCCGAAUUGCACAUACUGCUUCAUCCGGUUUCCUCCAAGUCGUCAUCGCCCCAGAGCCAAUCGUGUGGCACAAUGAGUCAAGCCUAGAGGUUGCAGUUGCCAAGGGACAAUCACUGGGGCUUGGGAGUGGGAGUGCGCUCACCAGAUACGCCAUUGUCAACGAGCCCGCUGGCCGCCAUUUUGUUUGGGGCAUCCACCACGCUCUUUACGAUGGUUGGAGCCUACGUCUUCUUGCAAGACGGGUGCAGGACGUGUACAACAACGCUGUCUCCGGAGCGCAGAAGGCAGUCACUCUGAGUAGCGCCCCAUACGUCGGAUUCAUUCGGUACCUGAGAGGGAUGAACAUCGCUGCUUCCGAAAACUUCUGGAGAGACCGUCUUAGGGACUCUUCUUCCAUCACUCACUUCCCUCAAACCCCGUUCUCUGUCGCAAGCCAGUCCGACACUCCAAGGUUCAGAGCCGAGACUCGCAGAAUCGACAUCCGCCGCACCGGGGCUCUGGGCGACAUCACCACCGCCACCUUGAUUCGAGCAGCAUGGGCUAUUCUUCAGGCGGCUUACACAGGGUUCGACGACGUGGUAUUUGGGGAAACGCUAGCUGGCCGCAACGUGAACGUCCCCGGGGUGGAGGAAAUGGCUGGACCAACUUUUACCACCGUCCCGACCCGAGUGCGGCUGGACCGUGAGAUGCGCCUCGACGAGUUCCUGCAAGGCUUGCACACGAUGGCCAGCCAAUUGGUUCUUCAUCAGCACCUGGGUCUCCAGCACAUCAAGCGGCUUGACUCUGACUGUUUCGCGGCUUGCGAGUUCACAAAUCUUCUCGUCAUUCAAACCACCUCGUCUGCUACGCCUCAAAGUGACAAGUCACAGCAACACUUGGACGACCCUGAUUGGGAUUUCCAAGGCGGUUCCUCCACCGAGAGUUUCUUCACCCAUCCACUUGUGCUGGAGUGCACCGCUACCGACAACAGUAUUGAGGCCACAUUCUACUACGACGAGAGGGUGCUCACUCCUUGGCAUACAAAGCGCCUUGUCUAUCAGUUCCAAGCCGUUCUCAAGCGCCUCGUGGAGAAGUCUGCAGUCAGGGAUGCCAAGCUGAGAGACAUCCAAGCCAUCAGCCCCGAAGACGUGUCCUUGAUUGCAAGGUGGAACCGUGCAAGCCAACUAGAGGCGGUGGAAGCAUGCAUUCAUGACCUCUUCCUGGAGCAGGCAUCUGCACAGCCCGACCAGAUUGGUAUCAGCGCCUGGGAUGCGGAGCUGACGUACAGCCAGAUCCGCGAUUAUGCAUCCCGCCUAGCACUCCAUCUCCGCCAGCUCGGCGUCCGGCCGGAGACACUUGUGCCCGUAUGCCUCGAGCGAUCGGCUUGGUCGGUCGUCGUCUUGUUGGGUAUCUUGAUGGCGGGUGGUGCUUUUGUCCCGCUAGACCCCGCCCAUCCAUCAAGCUGGCACAGGGAGGUCUUGGAAUCGAUCAGUCCCGCUCUCAUCGUCUGCAGCCCCGAUUUCGCCUCCCGCUUCUCGGGCCACGUCAAAAUGUCCCUCCCGGUUGAUGGUACCAUGCUUUGCAAUCUUCCCUCGUCGCAUCGCCAUGAGCUUCCCGCCGCCGCCAACCCCGGAAACACGGCGUACGUGCUUUUCACAUCGGGCGGCACAGGAAAGCCAAAGGGUGUCGUCAUAACCCAUCGCAACUUCUGCAGCAGCUCCGAUGCGUUUACCCGCGUAUUGAACAUGGAUGCGUCUUCGCGCGUCUUCCACUUCUGCUCUCUUGCCUUCGAUGUAGCCCUUCUGGAGGUCCUUGCGCCCCUCACGAUCGGCGGCUGUGUAUGCGUACCAACAGAAUACGAUCGCCUCCACAAUUUGGAAACGUCAAUGGCCCAACUGCGCGCAACCUGGGCAUUCCUAACGCCGUCCGUUGCCAAUAUGCUCAAUCCAGACAUUGUCUGCUCGACUUUGAAGACCCUAGUGUGCGGCGGCGAGGCCAUGACGGACGAAACUGUCGCCCGCUGGGCGGACCGCGUCGAGCUCAUGAACGGCUACGGGCCCACCGAGACGAGCGUCCUUGCUGUCGUCAACCCUCAUGUGUCGACGGAGAGGGAUCACACCACCAUCGGCCGCGGAACCCCGGCAGCGCGGUUGUGGAUCGUAGACCCCAAAGAGGGCCGUAAUGACCAGCUUGCGCCCGUGGGAGCCGUAGGCGAGCUGGCCAUCAGCGGUCCGCUAGUAUCCCCCGGCUAUCUCGGUGACCCGGAGAAGACAUCGCAGGUCUUUAUCGACCACCCUGCUUGGGCAACAAGGGAACAGCUCGCAGGCGUCACCCCUCCCACGCGGAUCUACCGCACCGGUGAUCUUGUCCGAUACCGGUCGGACGGGAAGAUCGAGUUCGUUGGCCGCCGUGACGGGCAAUUCAAAACCAACGGCCAGCGCAUAGAGCUAGGAGACAUCGAAAGCCACCUCUCGACCGACCGCCAUGUGCUCAUCGCCGCUGUGGUGCAGCCCCAGAAGGGUCCUUGCAAGAAACAGCUCGUCGGCCUCGUCACCUUAAACAGCAUGGCAAGAGUUCCUGUUCCUUCUGAUGACGACCCCGCUGGUAUGGCCCUCGCGGCUGAUGGCUGCCAUCCACUUGAUGGCCCUCCUGAGGUGAUGGCCCGAGCCCGCGACGAAAUUUCUCAAAUUCAGGCUCGCCUGGCCGACAUGCUCCCGCAUUACAUGGUUCCUGCAGUUUGGAUUGUCCUCGAAAGGAUGCCAUGUUCCCUGUCGGGCCAGCUCGACCGGAAGAGGGUUACGGAGUGGGUUGAGGACCUUGACAGCGCCGAGUACGAACGUAUCGCACGCAGUCUCGCGGUCCACCCUGGAGAUGACGAGGAGGAAGUGAGUGAAAUUGCUGAGCCUGUCCAGCUUCUGAGGCAGAUCUGGGCAGAGGAACUGGACUUACCCAUCGAGCACAUCAAACUCAAUCAGUCAUUCCUUGGGUUGGGCGGAGACAGCAUCAUGGCAAUGGGCGUCGUCUCACGGGCCCGAAAUGCUAAGAUCAAGCUAACCAUCCGAGAUGUGCUUCGAUGCAAGUCGGUCGUCCAUCUAGCCGAGCUCGCAAAGGGACUCCCUUCGUCAGCAACUCCCCGAGUACAGAAGGAGGAGCCAGAGGAACAGCCUUUUGCACUGUCCCCAAUUCAAUCGCUGUAUCUGAAGUCAGCCGUUCAGCAUGUCGGCAACGCUCGGUUUAACCAAAGCUUUACACUGGGGGUCAGCCGCCGAGUUUCCGUCGAAACCAUCAAGCAGGCCAUCGCUUCGAUCGUCCAACGCCACUCCAUGCUUCGCGCACGCUUUGAGAAGACUCAUGAUGGCAGAUGGAUGCAGCGGGUUAUGAAGAUGAGCGGUUCGGCCUACCACUGCUUGGAACAUCACCUGAAGUCUCGCAGUGAGAUGACUGCCAUCACCGCAGCAGCACAAUCCGGUCUCUCCAUUAAGCACGGCCCGGUGUUUAGAGCGGACUUGUGUGUUGUGAAGAACCAGGAUCAUACAGUCGUCUCCAUGGUCGCUCAUCACCUCGUCAUCGACAUGGUCUCCUGGCGCAUCCUCGUCCAAGAUCUUCGUCAGCUUCUUGAAACUGGCUCUCUUUCACCCGAAUUGCCUCUGUCUUUCCAGUCCUGGUGUGCACAGCAGUUCGCUCACUGCAAGACGGUUAAUUCUGAGAACCUCCUACCGUUUGAAGAGGUUCCAACCGACCUGAACUACUGGAACAUUCAGGGACCACUUACUUAUGGCAACACCGAGAUUGAGACCUUCAUCCUCGAUGAGGAAACGACAAGGCUAUCUCUGGGACCUUCGAACAAGGCAUUCAGGUCGGAGCCACUAGACCUAUUCCUUGCCUCUAUUGUACACGCCUUUGCGGAGACAUUUAUCGACAGGAGCGUGCCGACGCUGCACAUCGAGAACCAUGGGCGCGAAGCACCCGAGGGCUCUAGCAUUGACCUAUCCCAGACUGUUGGCUGGUUCACCACAAUAUGCCCUCUGGUUGUUCCCAUCCGAGCGAGCAACAACGAUAUCCUCGACACUCUACGACGGACCAAGGACGUACGGCGCAGCAUUUCAGGAAACGACCGGCUGUACUUCACUCACAAGCAGCUCGGAGGAGCUGCCAGUGCCACAUGGAGUCCUAUGGAAAUCCUGUUCAACUACUUGGGCGGUGGUGUUGGAGCUCAGAAACAUGAACAAGCCGACGCACUGGUCCGCCAAGUCGAUAUCGACGACCUCGAUGCUUCCAAGGUUGCGGAUGUCGGGCCAGAGACAAGGAGGCUGGCUCUCUUUGAGAUCUCUGCCAUUGUGGUCAACAACAGGCUGCGGUUCGAUUUCAUGUAUGACCGCAGCCUAGGUCGGGCAAGCGAUGUCCGCAAGUGGAUCAGUGCUUGCAAAGACAAUCUUCAAGAGAUGGCCACGACCCUCGCAGGGCAUCCUGAGGAGCCGACUCUUAGCGACUACCCACUGUUGCCCAUGACAUAUGACGGACUCCGCAUGCUGACCGAGGUUGCUCUUCCGCGCGCCGGCAUUGAUCCCGUCUCCUUCUCCCAGAUCGAGGACAUCUACCCAUGUACGCCAGUUCAAGAAGGCAUGCUAAUCAGCCAACUGCGGAAUCCGGAUGCCUACAUCUUCCAUGCCGUCUACAAGAUAGCCAACAGGAACCCAGGCCACAUUGUCGAUGCCCGGAGACUCGCACGAUCGUGGGAGAAGGUGGUGCACCGCCAUGCAGCUCUCCGGACAAUCUUCAUCGAGAGCGUCCGUCGUGGCGGCAGCUUCGACCAAGUGGUUCUGAGAAGAGUGGCCAGCACACCAGUUCUGCUCAGUAGCAGCGAUAGCGAAGCUAUGGAUGUGCUCAGCAGGGCCACGUUUCCCGCAGCUCAGAGACCACCACUGCCCCAUAGGCUCAUCCUAUGCACAACGCACAGCGGGAGAGUGCUCAUGAAGCUCCAGGUCAAUCACGCUGCCAUGGAUGGCGGCUCACUCGCGGUUGUUCUGCGCGAACUGGCAUCUGCAUACAUAGGCACACUCGAGGUCUCGCCCGCUCCUCCUUACAGCCGUUACGUGCAGUUUAUCUGCAACAUGCCCGCUGGGGAGGACAGUAACUACUGGAUGCGUUAUCUGAAAGGCCUGAAACCCUGCUACUUUCCAAGCCUCAACAGCAGCUCGACUACGCUUGUCACCGAUAAGAGGAGUCUACGCGCCACGGCUGUCCGGUUCAACCGCUACGCCGAGCUCCGCCGUCUCUCCGAGCAGAUGCAAAUCACCCUCGCCAAUAUCAUGCACGCAACAUGGGCCUUGGUGCUGCGCAAAUACACGGGUUGUGAUGACGUCUGCUUCGGGUAUCUGACAGCUGGCCGUGAUGCUCCGGUCGAGGAUGUCGAACGCAUCGUUGGUACGCUGAUCAAUAUGCUCUGCUGCCGUGUCCAGAUCUCGAAGGGCAAGACUCUCGUGGAUGUCUUCCGAACGACCCAGGACGAACAUAUUCAGAGCAUUCAGUACCAGCACUGCUCUCUGGCACGUGUGCAGCACGAACUUGGCAUGGCAGGCAAACCACUGUACAACACUUCGGUCUCGAUCCAGAACCACACCGAAAGCGGUGAAGGAGGAAUCGGCGAAGCCAUCUCGUUUGAUAUGGAAUAUGGUUACGAUCCGAGCGAGUACGCCAUCACAGUCAAUGUUGAGACCACAAGGGACAGCGAGGGCAUUGUUCUCCGAUACUGGUCCGACCAUGUCAGCGACAACCAGGCCGAGGAGGUGGCCAGAACUAUGACUCAGAUCCUUGAGGCCUUCAUUAACCGGCCAGCCCUGUCAGUCCGGGACCUGGACGCCGAACUCCGCGGCAAUUCGAUGAGCGAUCCAGGCUUAGCGGAGGACUUUAUGCUUGGACGGACAAGCGGGGUGACACCAAGGAGCACGUAUACAUCGGAAAGGACGUCUUCUGACAAGUAUGGAACGCCGCUCAACGAGCCAGCUAUCCAGAGCGGGUGCGCAAAGAUCCUCCGAUCGUUGUGGAGCGCCUUGCUCGAUCUCCCCGAGGGUUCCAUUUCCGGGCACGAUAGCUUCUUUGACCUCGGAGGGGACAGCAUAACGGCCAUGAAGCUCGCCGGCGCGGCCAGAGACCAAGGACUUUCGCUCACUGUCGCGGAUGUCUUCCGCAACCCGUGCUUCGACGCGAUGGUCGCCAGCGUUCGGCCCACGACAGACGUGUUUUCCAUCGGCAGUGAGCUGGCGUUGGCGACGACUGGAACCUUGACGCCUGGAUCCAGAAAGAGCGAGAUCUACGAACGGUUUUCGCUUCUGGCAGCAUCCAACGUCGACGCCUUCCUGCAGACCAGCAUCGUCCCACAGGUCUGCGUUUUCCGGGGUGGCAUCAUGGACGUCCUCCCUGCAACAGACUUCCAAUCGCUUGCCGUCACCGGCGCGUUACUCGAGUCUCGGUGGAUGCUGAACUACUUCUAUCUGGACGGAGACGGGCCUCUGAAUCUCGUAGAACUCAAGCGUGCAUGCUUCCGCAUAGUGCAGGCCCUCGACAUCUUGCGUACCGUCUUCUUCACCGUGGUCAAGCAACGCUCCAGCAACCGCCAUAGGAUACUGCUGCGCCUCUCGCACGCUCAGUACGAUGGUGUGUGUUUCCCCAAGAUUCUGGCAGCCCUUCAAGCGGCAUAUGGGGAUGAGCCGGUUCCCCGGCCGCCCACAUUUGCCAAUUAUCUACGCGCUUCGGCCGGGGCUCUUACUUCGGAACACUACGAGCACUGGAAGGAGCUCCUCGAAGGGUCAACGAUGACGGAGAUUGUUCGCCGCAACGGGCCAAGCUAUAACAGAAACAUAGGCUCGGCACCUGCAUCUCUCAAGCAGUCCGUUCGGCUGCCGACAGUGGGGUCUGGCCACAUCACAACCGCAACCAUUGUCAAGGCUGCAUGGGCAUACGUGCUAGCCCAGCUCUCGGCCAGCUCUGAUAUUGUCUUUGGGCAUACCAUCAGCGGGCGCAAUGCCGCCGUUGACGGUGUUGGCAAUAUGGUUGGCCCCUGCUUGAACAUGGUGCCGGUGCGCGUCCAGUUCGGCAGCGGUCCGAAUUGGACAGCCCGACAGCUCCUCCGCCAGGUCCAAGACCAGCAGGUCGCCAACAUGUCCCACGAGGUUUUGGGCUUCCGCGAGAUCAUCCGCCACUGCACCUCGUGGCCUCGCUGGACCUACUUCUCAUCGACGGUUCAGCACCAGAACAUCGAUCAAGGCGGCCAAGUGCGCCUCGGCAACGUCAACUACAACGUCGGCUGUGCCUCCGCGGCUCAGGAAGACUUUGCCGACCUCUCCAUCUUCUCGCGUCCUCUCGCAGGGGAUGACAAGUACGAGAUCAUUUUGAGCUUCGCCGAAGGGGGUCCUAUCCCGCGCGACUUUGCCGGGCGUGUGCUCGAAAUGCUCUGCAGCACAGCGCAGCUCUUCGCUACCGACCCGGACCUGGCGUUGCCCUCUGCAGAGGACCUCCGCGGCAGGCCGCAGCAAUUGCCGUUCGACGAGGUGGCGCCGGCCUCCAACGAUACCAACCCGGACCUGGACGACACGGCACUCCAUUCCCAGCUUCAACACCUCGGCGAUAAACAGCUCGCUGACCUCACCGCGCGGGUUAGCGAGGCCUGGCGUCAGGUCCUCAGGCUCGACGCAGAUCAGACAACAGGCACGGCAGAGCGCGCACAACCGAAGCCCAUCAACAUGGACGACUCCUUCUUCGCCCUCGGUGGCGACAUCAUCGGCCUCGCCCAACUCUCCUGGCUGCUCGGCCAAGAACAACAGGGCACGACAGCGCCACGGCUCGAAGACUUGGUCGCCCAUCCCACCUUGCGCGGCCACGUAGCCCUUGUCGCGAAACACAUUCCUGUGCCCGCCGAGCCCUCCCCUGCCAAGAAGGAGAUGCAGAAGGCUGCAACGUUCCCGGUCAUGCACCUCAAGUCAGUGAAAUCAGAGUCAUCCACAAAGUUUACAAAGGUGAUCAAUGGGUUGGUGAAGAGGAAAUUUACGACCAAGAAGAAGGGAGAGCAGCCUGUGACUGUUUCUUAAGACUUUUUUGAGGGGUUUGCGCAGGGGACUUGCUGGUAGAACAGAAGAUAGGUGUGGUGUUGGAUUUUGCGUGAUUGCUCAUAAAAUGUUCGAAAAGUUUGUUACUCAGUGUUGGUUUGAGUCUUUCUUUUGUUUUGGUUUCUAUCAUGUUUUCUUACUCGAUGAGUCUGUACUGUCUGUUGCUUAGUCUCGCUAUUUCUUUUGUCCUAGUGGCUUGUGGUGUUUUUCCCUUAAUUAAAUACGCAAUAACAAAAGUGUCAAUGCU